AUGAUCUGGAUGAAGGUUGAGUUCGACAUAAUUAAAGGACCAAAAGGAUUGCAAGCAGCUCACGUAUCUGGACCCAAUGGGCGUUCGGUCAAAGGAGAUCCGAUCGCGCCAAGAAGGCCGUUUAGCACACUUCCAUUGACGCAGCAAUCGUAUCAUAUCUCGCCACCAUUUCCAUCACAGGCGUUUCCGGGACAGCAAGCGAAUUUAUAUAGUCAGUUUGCGCAAUACGGAUACAUUCCUGGAGGAAACAAUCAUGGGAGUGUCGGACCGGGGUAUGUCCAGCUAAUUGCGCCGUAUUGUAGAAACGGGCAUGGUGUUGUGAACAAAGGUAAUAGUGGUGGGAAUAAUGGGAAUGCGGGUGGCAAUACUGGGAACACAAGUGGGAAUGCUGGAAAAGGAAAUGGACAGGGUCAUGUUCAAGGAUAUGCGCAAACAGAAGACGCACACGGAAUUAUCACAUACAGAAUCUCUGCAAUCGAUCAGAAUAUGAAUGGAAUGGACAACAUAGGCAGAAUGAAUGGAAAGGGGACAAAUGGAAUUGGUCCAAUGAGCGUCAACGGGGAUUGUAUCAGCCCACGAGCCGAUACCCAGAAUUCAAUGAUUUUUGUUGCCCCCAAUUCGGGUUUCUGA